GUAGCAUUUACGGAAAUACUAAUUGCAUUGAAUGCAACAUAUCAAGCAAUGGAUAUACCAAGCAGUUGUUCAAAUCAUUCAGUGACCAUCCACAGAUUGUCACAGAUAGAAUUACCUUUAGCUGCACACUUUUCACCCGCUCUAAGUAUGAGGAAAAUACCUCCAUUGCCAAUCAAAUGGAGCAUUUAUAUAUCUGUGCAACACCCUCGGAAGUAUCAUCAACUUGACGCUGAACAACUUCUCAUAUUUACAGGAUCUUCGAGCGCAGUGAAUGUCCAUGGAGAAAUUCAAAUGGAGGUAGCCAAAGCUGAAGAAAGCUUACUGUAUAGCAAGGGAUAA